AACGGCCCAAUUGUAAACGUAACAUUUCCACUCUUUUCUUGGUCUUCAAAUGUUACAACUUUAGAGACAGAGUUCUUUCCUUUAGUGGCCAUCAAAGAAGAAUCGUUUCCUAUUGGCCGUCAAAUUCUUCACGCAUUUAAACAAAUAUGGGAACUCGUUGUUAUUUGCAUAACAGGAGCCAUGCUGUCAGGAAUCAUCAUCUGGUUCUUGGUAGGUAUUCAGAAGUCUCUUUUUUCUCACUUUAUCCCAUUAGAAAAGUUGAUCAUUCAAAUGAUGUAUGUGACACAGGUUAGUGCUAAAUCAACAAUAAAAAAAUCGAGAAUUAUUCACCUGCAUAAUUUUUCUUUUUAUGAUAAUAAUAUACGUUCUUUGUAAUAUGCAAGAAAAUAUUGAUAACAUGUUCUUCAUGGGGGUAACUGUCAGAUGUGAAACGGUCAUUUCAGCGUAAACAUUGACAAAUUGAAACCGUUAGUCGUCACAAAAGUUAAUCGUAAACAUUUUGCCUUUCUAGAAUGUGUCAUUUUGUGCCAUUUUGCGUUAGCCUGUUGCCAUAAAAAAGGGAAAAUUUAACCAUUAAUAUGUAAAAACCAUCACCCAUUGUCACCCUCUGAUAAUCAUUUUUUGCCGUCUGGUCUUAAACUUUUAAUAUUUCAGUGAGCUGUUUGCCAAAUUGUAAUUGAUCCACAUGAGUAAAAAGUAACCGAAUGGACUUUACAUCGGUUUUCUAAAGUUAUUUCUGAAUAUGUAAUUGCUUUUGCCCAAGACUAAAAUUUACAUUUUGAUCCAAACUCUGUUCACGGAUUUUCUCAAGUCAUUUCCGAAUCCAUGAAAAGCUAAACUCAGAUGAAGAAUUAAAAUGAUGAAGAAUUGGUUAUAAGUCAAACGAUGAAGAUGAAGUCAAAAGAUGAGUACGAAUAAGUCAAAAUAUGAGUUUGCAAAAAAGGUCAACGUUUUCAAGCUGGUAUUGACAUUUCCCAAACCUAACGGUGUAAAGUAGAAAACAAACGACUCAUACGACUGCAUCGAGAAAAGGUUAGAUUGAUAGUUAAUGAUCUAAAACCAAGCAAAAUUUUUUUAAAAAGAUGUUCCCGACAUUAAAGUAAACAUUGGAGACAAAUCAACAUGACUAUGAGUUAAUUAUCAUAUCUUUUAAUAAUUCUUUGAGACAUCUGACAUCUCACUUAAAAAACAAUCUUGGAACUCAGACCAAAAAUGGCUAUAUCAUCAGCAGAUGUUUCUCUCCUCUUUAAUAUUCAAACCUCCUGAAGGCAAACUUCUGAGAUCUCAUCGUCUAGCAUGAAUGUGUUUAAUGCUUUAUAACGCACGAUUUUGAUACGUUGGUUACUCAUUUCUCAGUGUGAAUAACUUGAUACGGUUUUUUUUUUUUCGAAAAAGAAGACUGACACGAAUAUCGUUUGUCCUGCGAAAGCGUAUUUGGAUCUCCUGCGUUGCUAUUUGCACAUAGAAAAUGUAAGUGUUCUUUACUUUUAACAACUAAAUAUUCUUUCCGCCACAGGAUCACAGAGCAAAUGCAGGUCAUUUUCCAGACUCGUUUUGGAGAGGCGUUCAAGACGGAUGGUGGUGGGCAGUGGUUACUAUGACAACAGUGGGGUUAGAAACUGCAAGCUAAAUAAUAAUCUGUCUUCUCAUCUAACACAGCCAAUUAAACUCAUACCCAGUUUCCACACGACCACAAAAGUGACGGGUAUCCGGUCAAUUAGCAACCACAUCAAACUCCCCAUCACUGAGAGUCAAAUCGCCACCCCUGGUUUGGCUGUUCACAAACUGAUCACGAAACGUAAUAUCAACAUGUUUUAUUUCAUUUCACGGUUAAAGUUCCACCUCCGAGUCCCUAUGGCGAUUUGAGUCCCUUUUGACGAAUUGACCGUCAACCAAGUGAUGUGAUCACGAUAAAGCCUUAUAAUGUUAAUUGUUCUUAUGCAAUUACGGAAAACCCUUCGGGAAAAAAAAAUCCACGUUUAAUCUGCCAAAAAACCUCAACACAGUAAUACAGCUAAUAAUAAAACGUCGUAAAAGUCCUCAAAAGACGGCUCUCAAAGAACUAAACUCGCGCACGCGAUAAUUGUUAACGUCACUUUGCUUACAAGCCUACAAAUUGAAGAUAUCUCUGAGCCCGCGCGCCACGCGAGUUCGGUUACUGUCUCUUUAACAAUACUUUAAGUUUGUAUUUUUUAUCAGGAUAAUUUGGUAUUAUCACUGACUGAGUUGAUAACGUAAAUUGGCCACCGUAAAGAGUUCAAAGGCUAGACUUUAGCUUUAAACUAUUUACGGUGGCCAAUUUACGUAAUCAAUUCAGUUGAUAAUACCAAAUCACCCUGUUAUACUCUCCCACCGACGCAGCACUACAGUUUCUUUAGAAACUUAUCCGCUUAAGUCAUUUGUAUUUUUUAUCACUGACAUGGUAGCUAUGGCGACAAAGCUCCUAAAUCAUCGCUGGCUCGGGUGUAUGCUUCACUGUGGAUGAUCAUCGGAAUUCUGUUGAUGUCAACCAUUACAGCCCAGAUUUCCUCGUCCAUCACUGCUGAUGGACUUCGACCCCUUAAUGAUGUGUUUGGAUCUAAGGUAUGA